UUUCAGCACUUGGAGAGCUCCCCACCCUAAAGAGCCACUGUCGUGUGACCUCCUUAAUGGCAUGACAUCAUGUGGUUUCAUGAAUGAUUGUGCAGAAAUCAUUCAGUGUGUUUUUUUUUUUAAUUACUUGGCUCAUCCCAGUGGGCGUUGGCGCUGAUGACGCCGCCAUCCUCCCAUCCCACUUCCACACCCUCCCUCGUCCGUCCUAUGUGAGGAGACAAGGAUGCAUGCAUAAAAAGCAGCGAGAAGGUGGGGGCGCUAAGAAAAAAAAAAGUUGUGGCCUGUGGUCGCCUCCAGGCUGCACGGGGGCCGCUUGACUGACACAAAACAGCCAGAAGAGAGGCGCGCUCCCAUCGCACUCCCAUCUCGCUCCCAUCGCACCCGGCUUCAGCGAGCGCUAAGAAGGAGAAGACACUCUCAAGUGGGCUUUUUGCCUAAGGAAAAUGUCCAGUAAAGCCACUUUAGCCUUCCUCAUCUAUGGAAUCAUCAUGCAUCACAGCAUGGGGCUUGGCUUUCCCAGUGUGAGACUAGACGGUGAGGUUUAUGACGAGGACGGACGUUCCCUGCCAUCCAUGGACUACGACAGGGAGCAGCUGGAUGUGAGAAGUCCUCCGACCGAAGACAUGUACCCUUUGUACUACCCGCCAGAGAACAGACUGGAAAGACAUGCGGACGGCAUGUUUAAUAAAGCCUACAGGAAAGCACUGGGUCAGCUAUCAGCCAGGAAGUAUCUUCAUUCUCUCAUGGCAAAGCGUGUCGGCGGCGGGAAGGCCACGGACGAGAACUGGGAGCCGCUGUCCAAGCGGCACUCGGACGGCAUCUUCACGGACAGCUACAGUCGCUACCGGAAGCAGAUGGCGGUGAAGAAGUACCUGGCGGCGGUGCUGGGGAAAAGACGUGAAGACGUAGAUUUCCAUCAUAUUCUACAAGACAUAGACUUUGAUGCCCUCCCGGACGGGGAUGACUUUGAGGCUUUUUUGGGGGACUGGCUCAAACGGGUCCCUCCCAAGUUCCUGGUGAGUUUUUGUCUCUUGUCCAUGAGACAUUUGGCCGGGGGUGUGUUGUUCCCCUCCUUCACCUCCCUUUUUUUCCUCCUCUUGCCGUAAAUUCUUGUGCUCCUGUCCCUCUGUGGGAAAACCCCAAAUCUGGCGACCGGAGCGUGUUUGGGGUCUUUCUUUGACAGUUUCCAACCUUGUGUUCCUGUGCUUGGAAAACAAAAGCUCAUGUUUUCCGCUUUGCUUGUGUCCCUCUGCCCAUCAACAGUAACAAGUACCACCGUGUCCAAAAACGAGCAAAAUGUAGUUCUACUCCGGUCCUGUAGGUGCCAGCGAAGCACAAAUCUGGACCGAUGCAUCUUCUGGUGUUGUGUAGAUGUUGGUCAUGAAAAAAACCCGAUACUUGUUACGUGGUCGUUGCUGGUGAGAGACGCACGAGGCAGUUUGUGUUUGAACCUUCUGUGCUUCCGUUCCUCUUCUUGUGUCACAUGAACCGAUGUAAAAAUGACAUGAUUAAAAAAGAAACGCCGUGUGCACCAAGCACACGCACCUCUCAGCCGUCUGGAUGAUUCUUGUUCUCACUGCGGCUUCAUGUCGAUGUAAAAUUGUGUAACGUAUUGUUGCAUUGAAGCAGGAGAAGGAUCAUAGGAUGCAAGGACGUUAAACGAGCAGGGAAAGGAAGUAAGUGGAGCGUCAGUGGGGAAAGUAGGCUGAUGCUUUCUGUUUUUCAUUUUGCACUCUUCUCCAGGCUUUGUGACGCAGGAAGCUCUUUGUGGCUGCGGUGCCUUGCAUCGGCUUUUUUUUUUGUGUGUGUGUUUUUUCAACCGAAAUGGCCAUGAAUGACGGCUAUUUAGUGGCCCUACGAUGCUGCACAUCAUCAGCUCACGUUUCACCCCUCCACCUUCGUUGCACGUGGCAGCAUCAGACUGUCCCUCUCUCUCUUUUCUGUUGUCGGACCAUAUACGUCUUUUACUUGUCUAUGAUAACUACACAGCCAAUAGCCUUAACAAAAUCAUACAUAGAUAUAUAAAGAUAUAUUUACUGUACAGGAAGUGAUUCUAUAGUUAGGACUA